UUGAGUUUUAUGUGAGCCAGCCCUGGGCUUCUUAAACCCUACCUGAUUCUUUUUCGUUCUCUUCUCCAAAACUCUGAACCGGUUCCUCCUUCGUUCCACAUGCAACAAUGGUGAAAUCAAAUUCCACCAAGUCAAAGAAACCAGAGGACGUUGACCUCCUCAAAUCCGACAUCGCCUCCUUCGCUUCCGAGCUCGGCUUGUCCACUAAUCAACCACACUCAGGUUUCAACGAUGUCGAUUUCCGCAAAAUCAAGCCGAACAAGCCCCCAAAGAAGAAGCAACAAACGCCCGAAAAACUCACACCCCAAAAUUCCCAGAAUCCAAAGAUCAAAACUUUCGGCAAAAACAACGGACCCCACGAGAAGCGCAACGCCAAUCCCGAACCGAAACCGAAACCCCCUGUUCUAUCACUGGAGAACGGUGCCCACAGGGAAAAGGGGUUCAACAACAAGUUUAGGAACCUUCCAAAGCUUCCUUUAAUGAAGGCAAGUGGUUUGGGAGUGUGGUUUGAGGACAUGGGUGAGUUGGAAGUGAAGGUGAUUGGGGAAGGGAAGAAGGUGGAGGUGAAGGAUGUGGGAGAGUGGAAAGGGUUUGUGGAGAAAAAGAGGGAAUUGGGGGAUAGGUUGAUGGCACAGUUUGUUCAGGAUUAUGAGUCAUCAAGAGGGCAGAGUAGUGAUAUUAAGAUGUUGGUUUCAACACAGAGGUCUGGGACUGCUGCUGAUAAAGUUUCUGCUUUUGCUGUGCUUGUGGGGGAUAAUCCAAUUGCAAAUUUGCGUUCUCUUGAUGCUCUUUUGGGAAUGGUGACAUCCAAGGUUGGAAAGCGCCAUGCCUUGACAGGUUUUGAAGCACUUCAAGAAUUAUUUAUUGCAAGCUUAUUACCAGAUCGUAAAUUGAAGACCUUGAUACAGCGGCCCCUAAAUCAUGUUCCUGAAACUAAAGAUGGUUACUCCCUUCUCCUUUUCUGGUAUUGGGAGGAAUGUUUGAAGCAGAGAUAUGAACGGUUUGUUGUUGCACUUGAAGAAGCAUCACGAGACAUGCUACCUGCUCUAAAAAACAAGGCAUUAAAGGCCGUAUACGUGCUACUGAGUCGGAAGUCAGAGCAAGAACGUAGACUACUUUCUGCACUUGUCAAUAAACUUGGGGAUCCAGAUAAUAAGGCAGCAUCUAAUGCUGACUUUCACUUGUCCAACCUUUUGUCUGACCACCCAAACAUGAAGGCUGUGGUUAUUGACGAGGUGGAUUCUUUUCUCUUUCGGCCUCAUUUAGGACCUCGUUCACAGUACCAUGCUGUUAACUUCUUGAGCCAAAUUCGUCUCACAAAUAAAGGAGAUGGACCAAAAGUGGCGAAACGUCUUAUAGAUGUAUAUUUUGCAUUGUUUAAGGUUUUGAUUUCUGGCGCAAGCAGCAAUCAUAAAUUUGAUAAAAGAAGCAAGGCAAAACCAAAAGAAGAAAAAUCAAAAGAGUCAUCAGAAUCACAUGUGGAAUUGGACUCUCGUCUUCUAUCAUCUCUCCUAACUGGAGUGAAUAGAGCAUUUCCCUUUGUCUCAAGUAAUGAAGCUGAUGACAUUGUUGACAUUCAAACGCCAGUACUUUUCCAAUUGGUUCAUUCAAAGAAUUUCAAUGUUGGAGUUCAAGCACUGAUGCUUCUUGAUAAAAUUUCAUCCAAAAAUCAGAUAGCAAGUGAUCGGUUUUACCGUGCUUUGUACUCUAAACUUUUGCUUCCGGCUGCCAUGUAUACAUCCAAGGCAGAAAUGUUCAUUGCACUUCUUCUCAGAGCAAUGAAAAGGGAUAUUAAUUUAAAGCGCGUGGCUGCAUUUUCUAAACGUCUAUUGCAGAUUGCACUUCAGCAGCCACCACAAUAUGCCUGCGCAUGUCUUUUCCUUCUUUCUGAACUCCUUAAAGCCAGACCACCUUUAUGGAACAUGGUGUUGCAGAACGAGUCUGUUGAUGAGGAACUUGAACACUUUGAAGAUGUUAUAGAAACUGAUAAUGAGCCUAGCACUGUAUCAACUAAACAAAAUGAUGAUAUUGGAGUUGUUCAGAAUGGUGAGGAUGGCAAUUCUGACUCCAGUUCUUCUGAAAGUGAAGAUGAUCUUCCAGCAUCUUCUGAAGAUGAUGAUUUGGAUGAUGAUGCUUCAGAGGAUGCAGAUUUUUUGCUUGCAAAGAAUGAAAAAGAACAUAAGAAACCAAAAAAAUCAAAAUCUGUAUCUGAUAAAGAAGGUCAGCAGUCACAAUUAUCUGUCAAGAAGUCUUCCCUUCCUGGAGGCUAUGAUCCACGACACAGAGAGCCUUUGUACUGCAAUGCAGACCGUGUAAGUUGGUGGGAGUUAAUGGUGCUUGCUUCACAUGCACACCCUUCGGUUGCUACUAUGGCCAAAACUCUUCUUUCUGGGGCCAACAUUGUCUAUAACGGAAAUCCCUUAAAUGACCUCUCUAUGACUGCUUUCCUGGACAAAUUCAUGGAGAAGAAAGCGAAACGAAGCACAUGGCAUGGUGGUUCUCAGAUUGAACCUGCCAAGCAGAUGGAUGUUAACAACCAAUUGAUUGGAGCAGAAAUUCUUUUACUAGCUGAGGAAGAUGUACCUCCUGAGGAUCUUGUCUUCCACAAGUUCUACACAAACAAAAUGAGUUCCUCUACUAAACCGAAGAAAAAGAAAAAGAAGUCAGCUGAUGAGGAAGCAGCUGAGGAGUUGUUUGAUGUUGAUGAUGGUGAGGUUGAUGGAGGGGAUGAGAGUGACAAUGAAGAGAUUGAGAACCUGUUGGAUUCUACUGAUCCAACUUUAGGACCAGACAGUGACUAUGAUUAUGAUGAUUUGGAUGAAGUAGCUGAUGAGGAAGAUGAGGACUUGAUUGGUGAUGUUAGUGAUGCAGAGAUGAAUAUGGAUAUACCCUCUGAUAUGGAAGAGGAAGAGGUUGAUGCUUCUCCACCUGAUGAUGAUGACAUUGAUAUUCAGGUUGGAGAUGUUGAUGAUGCCUCUGAUGGUGAUGAGGAGGAAGCUGGCAAAAGAAAACGAAAGCAUGAAAGUGGUGGUAAGAAAGGUGUAUCUCCAUUUGCUAGUUAUGAAGAGUUUGAGCAUCUAAUGGAAGAUGAUGACCAUGCUGAGAAGAAAUCUUAUCCCAAGAAAACCAAGUCUAAGAAAAGAAAAGGUUAAUCAGCUGAAUUUCCUCAGACAAGAGACGGCUGCGGCCAGAUAGAGUGUUGGCAAAGCAUCAACAAAUUUUUUGUUAACAGUUUUGAGAAACUCAAAAAAUCAGGCAAUGAAGUAUCACCAUGUAGUUUGUACUCUUCAUUUUUCUUAUUACCUUUUACUAUUGCUUGUGGCUGUUGAAUUUGAUGCCCAUGUAAUCAUCUUUUGGGCAGUGUACAAUUUUGUCAACUAAGAAUCAAAUUUUGAUAUGUUACUGUUUCAAAAAAUGGCAUGCGGAUUGCUCUGCUAUUUAUCUAAAAUGGUGAGAAUAUAGUUUUGUUGUUA